AUGGGGGAUGAAGAAGACCGCCAGGACGCCCUCCCCAACGACACGGCCAGCGGACGACGACGGCCUGCAAAGCGGAAACGGGUGGCACUGGCUUGCGAGACCUGCCGGGAUCGCAAGAUACGCUGCGAUGGAGGGAAACCCGUGUGCCGCCAGUGCGCCAGACGCCGUGAAGUCCCUGUGAACUGCACCUAUUCCGUCAUCUCCAGCAGUGCCAAGCAGCUCAGCGAGCAGGAGUACAUUGCUUCCCUCCAAAGUCAGAUCCAACAUCUCAACCACGUCAUCCGCUCGCUCGGUGGUGGCUCAACACAUCCACGCGAUGGUGAAUCACCUGCCCAGAGCGUGCCGCCGCAGCCCAGUAACCAGCCGUCCGCCUCGACGUUCGGCCAUGACGUUCAACGUCGACCCGAGCUGUCCGGCAUCGUGUCUUCUCCCACAGGAACGAGACAGCACCGUGGAAGUGGCGGCAGCGGCGGCGGUGAGAAGGCUGAUGUGCCCUCGGGUGCCCUCCCCGACGAAGGCCCUAGCCUGGUCAAUGCAAUGGGGGCAAGUCUUUCAUUGCGUAGCCCCGUCGCUUCAACAUUGCAAGAGGAGUUCUACGGGCAAUCAUCGGUGCACUCCUUGCUGCAGCAGGUCCCAAACCCUGCAGGCCAGCGGGCUACUGCCAAUGCCAAUAAUAACAGCACCAACAACACCAACAACACCAUGGCCGGGUCUGGGCUGCUUUCCCCACGACAGCGACUACCAUAUCCCUCGGUCAGUCACAGAACUAAUAAUAACAAUAACAGCCGGACAUCGCAGGUCGAGCUUGUCGACUCGUUGCUCCAACCCCAGUACGCAUUGCCUCCACGGCGGCUGGCGGACAAUCUCCUUGACCUCUACUUUGACAAUGUCUACAUCUUCUACCCGUGGGUGCAUGUGCCCACUUUCCGCUCCCGUUACGAUGCACUGUGGACGCUGGAUGGGCAGCAAGAGGACUCGCCCGAGGAGGCUACCGAUGUUGGUCUGGGAGGCCACAAGUGUCCGCUUCCCGUCUUCUACUGUGCCCUCAAUGCCAUGUUCGCCCUGGGCUGCGAGUUUUCCCAGUCUCCCGACAAGCAGGCCGCUUCCGUCACCUUCUACGGACGGUUGAGGGAGCUGUUGCGGGACGAGCUACUUGAUCACAGCAGCGUCUCUCACGUGCAAGUCCUGCUUCUCGUCAGCCACUAUCUCCUCACCACCCGGUAUCCGAAUCGGUGUUACAACAUGAUCGGCAUGGCCUCCCGCAUGGCCGUGGGUCUGGGACUGCAUCUGGAGAAGGCCAGCUCGGUUCCCUCCACUAUAGCGACUCAGGUCCGCCGCCGCCUCUGGCACGGCUGUUUUCAGAUGGAAAUGUGGGUGUAUUCCAUCUCGAGCCAACGAUGCUACAAUCCCCUUGCGCGCGUGCUGCUGACCCUGAUCCCUUCAAGGUUCGUGAGCAUGACGCUGGGCCGGCCACCCGGCAUCAUGGUCAACGAUGAUGUUCCUCUGCCAGACGCCGUUGACGACGAUUGCCUCCAAGGGAGUAACCCGGGACAGCCCGCACACCUUGUGUCCGAACUUCUCUUCAACGUGGAGAACAUCAAGCUCACAAAGAUACUUGGCAUGAUCCUGCGGCGUGUUUACCAUCCGCCACCCCACGAUGCCCCGUCGCGGCCCGACCCCUCCUCCAACGUGAGCACUCUGUUCCACCUCGACUCAUUGCUGCAAGAGUGCAGAAACGCGGUUCCCGCCCCGCUAGACUGGGACCGUCGCCCAGAGACGCCGCUGUCUGGUAGAUCUCGCGUCUUGCGCCGCCAAGCAAAUGUCCUUCAAGCUAGGUUGCUUCAUUUACGAGUCUUGCUGUAUCGGCCAAGCUUCACGGCAUUUUGUGCUGCAGCUCGCCCCGUGCCCAGCCGCCGGGAGGCCGACCAGACAUAUCCUCCCGUCUUGGACGACACUCUGCCUGCGGAGAGUGAGCUUGCCGAGUCGUUCCGCGCGCAGUGCGCCGCCAUCUGUGUCAAGAACGCCUGUGAGCUGGUCAGCUCGGUGGUGAGGGCCACGACGGAGGCCGCCACGGGAGCGUGGUGGUUCAGCCUGUUUUAUCUUGUCACCAGCGGAGUCAUCAUCAUACUGGCCGAGUGCACGCAGCUUCAGAAGAAGGUAUUCGACGAGGAAAUGCUCGCGAGGGCCUGGGAGCAAUGCAACAGUACUCUUCGAUACUUCAGCUCGAGCCACGCGCGGGCGCGCGAGUACCUACAGUCCCUGCAAGUGCUACGCGAUCGAGCUGUUUUGACCUACGGAAACCCUCCCGGCGACCUGGUCUCGGGCGCGGCCCCUGUGCAGCCCAUAGACGAACAGCACGUCGGCCCUGUAGAGGCUGAGGCUCAAACCCAGGGGACCUACAGCGCGUAUGAGGAGGACGUUCAGAUAUACACCGACGCUGCCUGCGGUACCGGCUUCUUCGAGCAUGAUUGGGGCGUGCCCUUCUUGUUCGAGGAUUGGGUAGCUGAAGGCACCGGCGGUUCCUUUCUGCCGCCCAACGGGCUACGAGACGAUGGCAGCGUUGACUUCACGGCCAGAGAACAGCAUAGUGUUGGAUCAUCAUGAAGAAGUCAGAUUUGGUUCAAGUGUCCGAAAACAGGACUCCCUCUCAUAAAACCCUGCCCUGCUCAUGUUGCCAUUUCAGUAAGGCGAAAAGCGCGGAGCCGUAACCUGCGCUGUCUCAACAACCUUUGCGGAAGAGGACGCGCCAGAACUGGCUUGUAUUUCACGCUCCAGGCAUACUUGUCAAGAAUGGGUGUAUCGGACUUCUGCCGCAACUCGUCCUUGUGGUCAUCUUUGAGUUGAUCUCUUAACUUUGAGUUGAUUUCCGUAGGUCGUUGCGGCCCAGAGCACUGUCGGUGUACCCAACAGCAACUUGAACAACACUCUUGCCGUUUUGCAGACUGAUGUUCAAGAGUCAGGGCGAGCCAGAACCUGACUUCCCUCGGUGAGCCGAGCGGUGAGGAGCGGUGACUCGAGAACAUCGAAGGUGGAUUAAGGAUUGCGGGUGUCCGACACGUCGUAGUGGCGGUAAUCGACCAUCAGUUUCUCCUCAUGCUGGAGCAUAUCUUCGUCUUUGCACGGGUAGUUCGGAGACAGGGUUAUCCUAGUCCCCCCCCCCCGGGGGCCAGGAUGGAUAAGAUCAGUCUUCCGGAGGGGCUUAUGUCUUCAACAUCCACUCUUUAAAGCGUAGUUAAGGAUCCAUGCAAAGUGACACCGCCACCCCGAGCCAGGGCCUCUUAGGCGUCGGGCCCGCGAGCGCAUCUUGGCCUUACAAAUCCGAUUCC